UUUUGCUCUGAGAGAAGCUGCUUUGCAGAGAUUGGGGGGUUUCUCUCUGGAGGUUUUUUCUUGUUUGUCUGAUGUUAUACCUGGCUUGUGCAGUUAUUUGUGGUUUUGCGAACCUGCAAAUUAGUUAUUUAGUUAGUGUAGUUGUUUUGAGAAAAAGAUAGCGAGAGCAUGGUAUAUUUUAAUGGACUAUUUUGUUUUUUUGAACCAGUUCGUGGGGGAAAUACAUGAAAAGUUUGACCCCAUUAUUGUAUUUUGGCAGUAGCAAUAUAGUGAAAUUGAAUACUUAAUUGUUACUCUGAAUAUUUCGCUAUGUUGUUAUCAGAAAACCAGGUCAGUUUUAGUGUCUUCACGUCUGUUACGGACUCAUCCGACGAACCAAUUCAAGCUGCGGUUCCUCCGUCAGUAGAGCUCGGGCUCACCAUUGUGUAUACGAUCCUGUACUCGCUCCUUUUUGUGUUUGUUUACUUGCAACUUUGGCUGAUUUUGCACUACGGACACAAGCGCUUCAGCUACCAGAGUGUCUUUCUAUUUCUCUGUUUGCUGUGGUCGGCGCUAAGGACUACAUUAUUUUCAUUCUACUUCAAGAACGUUGUCCAAGCAAACCAGUUGCAGCCGUUGCCUUACUGGCUUCUGUACUGUUUCCCGAUAUGCCUGCAAUUCUUCACGCUAUGUUUGCUGAAUCUUUACUUUGCACAGGUCAUGUUUAAAGCCAAAGCAAAAUAUUCACCAGAGCUCAACAAAUACAAAGUGCCCAUGCGCCUGGCCUUCCUCACCGCCAGCCUCUUCUUCCUGGUGGUGAACGUGACCUGUGCCAUGCUGGUGCAGGGUGGCGCAGGGGGCGAGGGGGGCGAGGUGGAGGUGAGGCGGGCGGUGCUGGUGCGGGUCCUGGUUAACGACAGCCUCUUCGUCCUCUGUGCCGUCUCCCUCGCUGUCUGCAUCUUCAAGAUCGCCAAGAUGUCUUCUGCCAACGUCUACCUGGAGUCCAAGGGAACGUCCGUGUGCCAGGCCACAGCCAUCGGUGCAGCGGUCAUCCUGCUCUACACCUCCAGGGCCUGCUACAACCUGGUGGUGGUGGCUCUGGCCCCAGAGGACAGGCCCAGCCCCUUCAACUACGGCUGGUACAACAUCUCUGACCAGGCAGAUGUGGAGAAAAUUAGCGGAGAAGCGUACAUCAUCUUUGGCAUCAUCCUGUUCUUCUGGGAGCUGCUUCCUACCAGUCUGGUGGUGGUCUUCUUCAGGGUCCAGAGGCCCAACCAGAACCUGGCUCCAGGAGGAAUGAUCAACAGCCACAGCUUCAGUUCCAGGGCCUACUUCUUCGACAACCCGCGGAGGUACGACAGCGACGACGACCUCUCCCGGAGCACCGUCACCCGGGCAGAUCGCGGCAGCAGUGUCCUGUCUUCCACGCCCCAGCUAGGCCCCAACUGGUACGGCUCCAUCCAGAGGAACGGCAGCCUGACGGGGGCUCCUCACUUCCUGGGUGGCCCCCAGGUCUCCACCGCUCCUCUCCUGCUGGCCUACGGCAACAUCCAGACCAACCACCACAACUACUACUCCACCCCUCAGAAUCACUACUGCACCCCUCAGAUCUAACCCAACACCCCCCACCCCUGUCACACCCCGCCCGACUGACCCGCCCCACCCCGGAAGAUAAAACGAAAAAACGACAAAAUGAAACGAGCGGCGAUCCCGACCUCUAGGCUUCUCUGGAUACAAGCUCCGGUUACCGCGGCAACCCCCGUCGGCGAGGCUGCGCCCUCCCUCGCCGAGCCACUUUACCGACCCCCGCCGCCUACGCACACGCCCCGGAUUGCGGGUUGCCGCGGCGACAACCUUUUUUGAGGGUGAGGCGGUCAGAGGGGAACAAAACGAGGGGGAGGGAGGUUCUGGGGGCCAGGAGACUCACCCCUCCUGAAGGAAUGAGUCACCCUGCGGGGACGCAUGUGUUAACCUGAGGGGUGACACAGGAGUUUCAAGAAAAACCACGGGAGACUUUGAUCUACAUGGGAGGGGUGUGGAACGAGUCGUCAGAUUCCCCCUGAUGUCGUUGAACGAGGUCUGACACGACGAUCGUUACCAGUAAGGACCAGACUUGACUUGCGCUGGAUCUCCAUCGUAUGUUUGCCCUUUGGGUUGACCCGCUUCCCCCCCCACACUGCACAUAGACUCCCUUCUGGGAGCCGGGAGGCGACCUUUGCACUUAAAAAGCGACCCGUACUUACUCUGACGAGAGGACACUGGCUUCAGAGAAAACCUGCCCCUCCAUUAGUCUGUAGUCUUGUGACGUGGUGAUUCUGGAAGAUGGGCUUAUAUACCCAAGCUGAAACCCCCCCAAACCUAAGGUUUCCGAAGAAGAAAGUGACAUCCCUUACGUUUAAAUCUUGACCCACAUUCAGACUGCGUGGAGAAGAUGGCUGCCACUAUUGCCAAAGAGCACGGAUGAAGAACUGGUCGCAAACCUCCAACCUUCAGCUUUCCCAGAGAGUAUCUCCCCAGGGUGGGACCACAUGCUCCUGGGCCUCUGCGUGGGUGUGAGGGCCCUGGAUGGAGCAGAGAGAGAGAGAGAGUGGUGACGUGUUUCUGAUGAAUGUCCCCCGCCCACUGAGAUGAAUGUAUAGAGUUGGAAGAGGCUCAGAGAAGUGGUGGAUCAAAGUGUCACUGGCCUAUUUUCAUCUAGUUUAACUCCCUCAGAGAGAGCUAGGCUUGCCUUCCUCUCUACGUUUCUCCUCUCAACCAUUCUGUUAGCUGACUGACGUUGUGGAAGUUUACGACACAACACUUACCCUACGAGAACACCCAACAACGGGCCAUUGUGUCAUGUUUGUUACAUUUUUCCUAAUUGAAAACCUUUUUUUGCACAAAAUGCUGUAUACUGUAUAUCAAAAUGAAUUAAUAAGCUAUAUACUACGUACUACUACGUAUUUCCAUUCUAACAGAAGCUAAUUCUGUGUUUUAUGUAGUUAAGAUGACUCCUGGUUUAGUAGUUUAGGCUAUUUCACCUGGAGAUAGUGCCACUACCCAGGUGUAAAGCGUGUGUGCGUGUAUAAAAGUAUGUUCUGUCCUUUAUGUAUGUGAAGGCGCCCAGGACAGGUGUUCUUUCUCUGACACAUCACUGUUGGAAAGUAUUUAGUGUCUUUUACAAACUCCUGUUUGGUGCAUACACCAUGGAAUAGGAAGGGCUUGUGACUAAUUAGUGGUUGCCUCUCCUUUAAAUCCAACUCUUGUCUGUUUCACUUCAAGUUUGUUCAUGUUUUCUUGUAGUCUAACUUCCAUUAUAAAGUGUCUGGUAUGAAAUCACUGUUCAACAUUCGAUCAUCCUACAAACACAAUCAGUGUGCAAUUGCAAUCCUCGCUCUUCAUCCUGUUCCCAUUGCUUUAGUAGCUUGUGUUCGGGGAGCAGCCUCUUGUGACAUCACUGGGUCACGUCUGUGAAGUGAACUUUGACCUUGGAUGCUGUGGAGCCGUUCCUGGUUGUGUUCCAAUCGGUCACAGAGAGGAGAAACUGUAAUAAUGGGGGUUUGUUCAAAGACUUGCAGACGGAAUUGUAAGAAGUAAAACAGACACCAUUUCCUAUUUUGUUAGGCAGACAGCAAGGUCUGUUGUAAUAAACAUAACGCAUCUCUCUGAAUAGGUCACCCUGGUUUCCACUGGCAUCAGUUAAAGCUAGGAGCCAGUUCAAGAUAGCCUGGUAGUAGCUUGUUUUUAACUGUUUUCUUUUUUUUAUGGUACGUCUUUUUUAUUUGUGCUUUUUUUUAUAUAAUUUGGGUUCACAGGGUUUCAGAUUACGUUGUUGUAACAUCAGAUUAUAACAUUUUCUUUUAUUUCCCCAGCUCUGGGGUCUUAAAUUGAGCAUUUCCUUAUGGUUUCUGACAUGGUACUAAAGCUAAAUGUGUUAGUUGCUACGAACAGUGACUGUACAAUCAAUGGGAACAAUCUGACAGAUGUAGAUAUCAUUGUCCUUAUUUUCAAGAACAUGCAGCAUUAUGCUAUGCUAAUACUCAUUCACACUUAACAUCAGUACAGAUUGGGGGGAGGGGGGAUUGUGUGCAAGUUUAUGAAUUGAGAAUAUUGUAUUUUUAUUCAGAUUUUAUUUUGUUUCUGUGAAAUCUAUAUGGCUAUCUUUGCUAUUUUGUGUCCUGCCAAAGGCCAUGGUAGCGUUUAUAAUAACUAUAAUUGUUUCGGAAUUUCUGUUUGUGGCCAAUGAAUGUAACAAGUUUACCCAUCUUUCAUAGAUCACUAAAAAUGUAUGCAAGCACUACCAUGUUAAAAAUAAAGUUUUACUGCACUGUUUUAAACUAA